AUGACCACUCCCGGCGACACUCGGGAAGAGGCAUCUGCUGUCCUCUCACCACGAUCGUUCGCAUUAAAACACAUGCGGCCAAAGAGCUCCUUCCUGGGAUGCGCCAAAAUAGCGGAAUAUGAAGUCCUAGGAAAGCUGGGAGAGGGAACUUUUGGCGAGGUGCACAAGGCCAGAUCGAAGAAGACUGGGGCAAUCGUCGCGCUGAAGAAGAUCAUCAUGCACAACGAGAAAGAUGGCUUCCCAAUCACUGCCCUCCGAGAAAUCAAGCUACUCAAGUUGCUAUCGCACCCCAAUGUGCUGAGGUUGGAGGACAUGGCUGUUGAGCACCCUCAAAACAGAUCCGACAAACGCAAACGACCGAUCAUGCACAUGGUUUUCCCCUACAUGGACCAUGAUCUCUCGGGCCUUCUGGACAACCCCUCUGUCAAGUUCACCGAGGCACACAUCAAAUGCUAUCUUAUACAACUAUUGGAGGGUCUGAGAUACCUUCACGAGAACAAAAUUCUUCAUCGCGACAUGAAAGCAGCCAACUUAUUGAUUAACAACAAGGGCAUCCUGCAGAUUGCGGAUUUCGGACUGGCGAGACAUUACGACGGUCCAGUUCCGCAACCUGGGCGUGGUGGAGGCGAAGGCACGAGGAAUUACACUAGCCUGGUGGUGACUCGCUGGUAUAGGCCUCCAGAGCUGCUCCUACACCUAAAGGCCUACACGACAGCAAUAGACAUGUGGGGAGUUGGAUGUGUCUUUGGCGAGAUGCUGACCGGAAAGCCCAUCCUCUCUGGCGAAAGCGACGGGCACCAGCUCGAGCUUAUUUGGGAUCUUUGUGGCACUCCAACAGAGGACACGAUGCCGGGCUGGAGGAAACUGCCAGGAGCUGAGGCGAUGCAGCCCAAGUCACGCCCUGGUAACCUAUCUCAACGAUUCAGGGAGCACGGCCAAAUGGCUGUCUCGCUACUGAAGGAGCUGUUGAAGCUCGAUUGGAAGUCAAGGAUCAACGCAAUAGAUGCUUUGCAACAUCCUUAUUUCCGAACUGCCCCUAUGCCGUCAAAGCCUGAGGAUAUUCCCACGUUUGAAGACAGUCACGAGCUCGACAGGAGAAGAUAUCAUGAUCGUCCUCCCAAGGCACUACCCCCUGCUCCCAAGGGAGGCGCAGUCGGGCGAGGGCCGAUGGAUGGGCCAGGCCCUAACCAUGGAUACCAAAGCGGUGAUUACGGGGGCCGGAACGGUGCUAACGGUGGCCGCUACCCUCCGCCUCACCGAGGAGCACCCAAUGGCGAGCCUGAACGCAGACAGCCGGCAUGGUCCAAGGACAGGAAUCUUGGUUUGCCACCUCGACCCCCACCACCUGCAGGCUCUCAUAAUGGCAUGGACAACAGCUCUCGGGAUGUGCCUCCUCCCCGGAGCAGAGGAAAUGACCGCGCUGGUGGCGGCGGGCGAGCCGACGUUGACACAUAUAUCCCCAGCUACAGCGGCGGUGGAAGGAGGGACGAUAGGAUGCCGCCGCGGGACGAUAGAAGGCGCCGCGAUGACCGGGACGACAGAAGAUAUGACCGAGAUCGUGCAUAUGACGAUCGAGGCCGCAGCAGCAGGACAAGAAGUCGGUCGCCUAUACGAGAUCGUGAUAGAGAUCGCGAGAGAGAUCGCGACCGCGAUCUUUACCGGAGAUAG